AUGGGAAACAGCAGUAUAGAAGACCAAAACUACUCCUACUCGGACGAUGGGGAAGAACCUCAGGAAUUGAUCAAGCAACUACGGACCCACAUCGUCACCGAGGAGCAACUGAUCAAUGAAGGGAAGGAAACUUGUACUGGUCUUGUCAUGGUGGAAAUGAUAUGCAUUGUGAUCGACAGGCAACAAGCACAAUCAAAGGCUGAAUUAUCACAGCCUCAGUGGCAAAUGCUCGUCUCGCUACACCGAAUGCUACUCGAUAAACACUAUGACUUUUUCAUCGCCUCCCAACACCCGUCAGCUGGCCCUACUCUCAAAGGACUAGCCGGCAAGUACGCUAUGCCGGCGCGUAUGUGGCGGUAUGGCGUAUACUCAUUCUUAGAGCUGUUACGCCAGAAGCUCCCCGGCUCGAUGGAGUAUAUGCUUGAUUUCGUCCAUCUCUCGUACUCAAUGAUAACACUAGUACUGGAAAGCGCGCCAGAUUUCAGAGAUACUUGGAUUGAGUGUCUAGGCGACUUAGCACGGUACCGGAUGGCCGUGGAGGAAUUCGAUCAAAGGGACCACGAACUCUGGGCAGGGAUAUCGAGGUAUUGGUACAACCAGGUCGAAACUCAAGAGAAUGGCCGUAUCCAGCAUCAUCUUGCUGUUUUAGCCUACCCGGAUUUACUUCAGCAGCUUUUUCACUACACGAAAGCAUUGAUCAGCGUGCGCGCAUUCCCAGCUGCUUCCGAUAGUAUAAUUAAGCUGGUCAUUCCUCUAAUAAAUGUGCAUAGACAGAAGGGGAAUUUGACUGCUUCAUUUGUGAAUACUCACGCUGCGCUUCUUAUGCAAGAUCCGGUUGACGAGUUUGUUUCUCGGGCGAAUAUUUUUCUUGCUACUCUACAAAACGAUAUUAGCAAGGUAAGCUGGAACGGGCAGCAAGGUGUGCAAUUCAUGUCUUGCAAUAUCUCCGCGAUAUUUCAAUAUGGAAGCAAAUAUGGAGUUAUGGAAACAGUUUUCACAUUGAAGUCACGCAAUCCUACGGAAGAAGAUCGCCUAGUGGCAAUGGAAUGGGCAUCUACUGCAUCCAACUAUACCACAUAUAGCGAUAUCUCAUCCCAGCUUCUAUUCCGAGCAAGCUCUCUCGCCUUUCACACAUUGAUUGUUAUGCUAGGCCAAGUUGGGGACGCAAAUAUGUAUCCGAGCGUCCAUAUCUCUAUGGCAUUUGUGUGGUGUCUCGCGCUCAACCCAGCGGCUAUACAAAGACUAGAACCGCUGGUUCCAUGGUCGUUACUUGCAACCUACCUCAACAGCUUGUACGAUCCCGACACGCUCAUUUCGAAGAUCGAAGACGAAACAUUCCCAUUCCUUGAUGAUUCAACUGCACAACAGUUACCGGAGGACUUUUUGAUUGGAGGACAGGCAUGGAGCCAGGUUUACUACCCCGAAAAAUUCUUCGAGGGAGCUGCUCCUACAGAACCAUCAAUCGAAUCUCUGUCGAGUACCCUUGUUAGAAGACAUCGAUGUCUUUGGCUUGGAGUACGGAUCGCAACUGUCUGUUUGUCCUACUCCUACUAG